UUAAUAUAGGGCUUCCUUUGUGAGUUUGAGCGGUUUAUUGUGAGCGGCGGUGGCGGGUGUACGCUGACGAACGGUCCGUUGCAGGUGGGUUGAGCAGAGGCACAGGGUAGGCCUCUCCUCCCAAGAUGAGCAUGCACGGCAAGAGGAAGGAAAUCUACAAGUACGAGGCACCAUGGACCGUGUACGCCAUGAACUGGAGCGUGCGGCCCGACAAGCGUUUCCGUCUGGCACUCGGCUCUUUCGUGGAGGAGUACAACAACAAGGUGCAGAUCGUGGGGUUGGAUGAGGAGAGCUCAGAGUUCAUCUCCCGCAACACCUUCGACCACCCCUACCCCACUACCAAGAUCAUGUGGAUCCCGGACACCAAAGGCGUCUACCCUGACCUGCUCGCCACCUCCGGGGACUAUCUGCGCGUCUGGAGGGUGAGCGAUACUGAAACCCGACUGGAAUGUUUACUAAACAAUAACAAGAACUCUGACUUCUGUGCUCCUCUGACUUCAUUUGACUGGAAUGAAGUGGAUCCAAAUCUCUUGGGUACUUCCAGCAUUGACACCACUUGUACAAUUUGGGGCCUGGAGACUGGUCAGGUGCUUGGCCGAGUCAAUCUAGUUUCUGGUCAUGUGAAAACACAGCUCAUUGCUCAUGAUAAGGAGGUGUACGAUAUUGCAUUCAGUAGGGCAGGAGGUGGUAGGGACAUGUUUGCUUCCGUGGGUGCAGAUGGUUCAGUGCGUAUGUUUGACCUUAGACACCUGGAACACAGCACCAUCAUCUACGAAGAUCCCCAGCACCAUCCAUUACUUCGACUGUGCUGGAACAAGCAAGAUCCCAAUUAUCUGGCCACUAUGGCAAUGGAUGGCAUGGAGGUGGUGAUUCUUGAUGUCCGUGUGCCCUGUACACCCGUGGCUCGGCUGAACAAUCACCGAGCGUGCGUGAAUGGCAUUGCCUGGGCUCCCCACUCAUCAUGUCACAUCUGCACUGCAGCGGAUGACCACCAGGCACUUAUUUGGGACAUCCAGCAGAUGCCGCGUGCCAUUGAAGACCCCAUCUUGGCAUACACAGCAGAAGGAGAAAUCAACAAUGUCCAAUGGGCAUCCACCCAGCCUGACUGGAUAGCCAUUUGCUAUAAUAACUGUCUUGAGAUCCUGCGGGUUUAGUUUUAACAACUGACACUAGCCAAGGGAUGGGAAAUGGGGGCUGUUGUGUGUGAUUGAUAUUGAUGGUGAAUGAAUUCAAGUUGAGAAUGAUUUUGCAAAUUUUCAGUGUUGUUAUUAUAUUCUGAGUGCAAUUGGCCAUUUCUGGACCCAAAUUAACAAUUUGGAUCCCUGAUCCAUCCUCCCCUUAAAGUAAAUACCCAAGUCAAUUAGGAAAGGACACUUCUAAUCAGCUAACCCUCUGGUAGUGUACAACAGUAGGAAUCUUUUUAAAAUGUCAUUGUAAAUAACACUUUACCAUAUUUUUAUGAUCGGAGUAGCUGAAUCUGGGGUAACUAGUUUCAGAAGAAGUCCUGUUCCCUAAUCCUCUGUCAGGUGACUUAAAUUCCAUGUUGGGCGUGUACGGAUGGUUUUCGCUUGAUUUGAAAGAUUAUAAUAUCUGAAAGGAUGGAUUCUAAUAAGGAAAUAAUUUGGCAGCUUGAAGGCUGUGAUAUUUGUCCAUAGUGAAGUUUUCAGAUAGGAAUGAAGUGCCUCCUGGAAUAUCUAGGUGAGGAUUUUGCCGAAAGAUGGUUUUGAGAACGCACUUUUAUUUAGCCCUGAUUUGUAGCCCUCAUUUGUAGAAAUAGAACAAAUUUCUGCAGGAUACCAUUAUUCUUUCAGUGAGUUUGUUUUCUCCCAGGCAGGCCCCGAUGACAGCAUUGGGUUUGCAAUGCAAAUGAGAUACUGUUGCCCUUGAAGUGGGCAGCACAACAUUGUGAAAGUAUGGUGCAGUAAAGUAGAUACAUUACAAUGACUGAUACUAGCCCCCACUUGUACAUUGGGUUAUCAUUUUAAUUUGGUUGCAGUGAGGCAAAUGUUUUCAGCUGUUCAGUCAAACAUGAAAUUGUUUUUUUGGUCCCAUUCACUAGGCCCCUGCCAAUUUUAUGGCAAGAUUAAUAAACCUUGGAUUUUGAGAAACAUCCUGUGAACAAACUUUUGGAAUUUGUUGUGAUUGUUGAUUUUUUGUUUGCCUUCUAAUAUAAACAGGCUGGAUUUGAAGUGUGUAAUUCCAGUCUAACUGGAUAGUUAAGUGAAGUUUUAUACCAUCAGUGCAGCACAACCAGUCUUGCUGAAGUCCUGCUUCCUGAAUGCGUUGCAUUUCCCUUCUUUCUUGCCCAUCAUCAUGAUGCCAGUGGUUUUACUUGACCUGCUUUGUAUUUGAGGAAUAGAAGGGGUGUGGUGGUUAAAAGGGCAUCUUGGUUAAUCACUCUUUAAUGUUGUGCCUUUGGUGAGAGGUAAUCAUUCAGGAGUGUAUUCAACAGCACCUUGAACCUGCCUAUUGCUCAGUAAGUCCAAAUGUUAUUCCUUGAACAAAUGCUGUAUUGUGAAGCAGCUGGGUGCCCUGCACAACCUAUUCAUGUGCUCUCUUUCCACCUCAUCCUGAUGGAAAAGAUUAGACUAACGAGAUGCACUGCAGUGAAGUACAGUUGAAUAGCAAUAAGUCUUCUCAGCUGCACUGAGAUUUGUUGCUGUGGGGCUAUGACUGUGCAUUUUAACAGUCUGGCACCCAGUCCAGGUGAUGCUUUUUCCAUUGUCAAAUCUAAUGCAUAUUUGGCCUGAUGAUAUCACUUGGAAUGUGACUUGUAUUUGAGGGUUUUUAGUCUUCCAGCAGCAGCAAGUUGCGGGUUUUUAAAUUUUUUUUUGCAGUGUGCUUUAUGCAGUAUCCCAGCCUGUUCUGCAGAUGAAUCUGCAUAAGUAAGGGGGGGGGGGUAGGAGGUAGGAGUGAUUUUGCUUGUACCGUGUGGCAGAGUUAAACAGCUUCAGUUGUUGACCGAGACAAGACUCCCUACAUUCUCAGACAUGAUGUAGGAGAACAGUUUGUAAGGGGUGGCAAGAAAUAGCUCAUUCUCAAGCAUUCUUUAUUCAGUGCAUGUUUAGCCCCAGCUCUAUCUAUUUAAUGUAUUAGUGGAAUGUAGGUUUUUUUUAAAGCAGAGAAAAGCAUACUGCAUUCUGUUUGUAUAGGAUUUGGUCCUAAGUGCUAGGUACCUCUACAAAGUGUAAUAGGUUUCUUUUAUCAGAACGAGAGAUGGAGUUCAGAGCAUUAGUACGCUGCUGCCUUGUGCUUUUUUUUCAGGAACAACAAUACUAAAAAAUACAUCGCUAAAAGGAAGUAUUAUAGAAUUAUGUAUAUAGAAAUGUUAGAAGACAAAUCCCUGCUCUCCUGACUUUGUUCUGUACUGCAAAUAUGUUGAGAGCUCAGCCCUUAUAUCGUUCCCACAGCAAUGUGGGACUCAUCACUACACAGCUUCAUGUGCAGUGAGUCACUGAGGUUGUGAGGGAUAAUGUUGGGCAGGUGGAACAAACAGUGCUGUUGUGUGAUUUGGGUGCACUCAGGCCAGAGUGGACUGGACACUGCUAUACCUCUAAACCUGGGGAAGGCUGUGCAGCCAAGCAAAAGUGGGGAGUGGUUGGCAGCUUCCACCACAUCCAGAGGGGUGUGACAAAAAAUACCAACAGAUCCAAAUGAUCUGUCAGCAUUUGUAGUGAUUCCCCUGCUGUGACUGCACUGUGUGCAGCUCUGAGCCUUGCAUCUCAGUGCUCCCCCAGCCUGCCCACCACCAGCCAUCUGCAUGUUGCCUAAAUCAAACUGAGCCACAUGAAUCAAAAGCAUCAGAUAAUUAGUAUAGCAUUGUGCAGCCAAAGUAUUCCCUUUCAAAAAGGUAAUACUGGGGAAUGUGUUGCUGUGAAUAUUUAGACUCCAGGACCAAUUACCCCUGCAGGGUAUCACUGAGGUAGAGUAAUUUGAAAACAAAAUUUGAAACUCUAGCUUCUACAUUGGGGUAUAGUAAAUAUUGAAGGUCUGGCACUCCAAAACUUGGGUGGAUGCAAAUAAGUUACUUUAAAGCACUGCAUUAAACUAGGUGCUGUUCUAUCGCUGGUGGAGUAAAUCAAUUGAUAACUCCAUACUAAUGUCUUGUGUAAAAUUUUCUAUUGUGCAUUGUCACUACAGAUAACUUUCAUUAAAUGUAUUUAUUAUCUUAAGUGUUUUUGCUGAAGCUAUCUUAAUUUUCCCUGCUCACUACAGCUAACAGAAUUGUAUCUUUUCUAACUGAAUUGGAACUACCCUGCCUGCAUCUUUUGGAUAUUUCAGGUUUUCCUAUCCUUAAGUUGUUUCUCAUUGUUGGUUGCAUUCCAGACCCUCAUUCAGUACUUUGCAUUUGUUAUGACUGUAGGAAAAUUGGAGUUGGGGAAGAGUUAGGAUGCCAUUUUAAUAGUUGAUGUUCUCUGGUCUGUAUGCUUAGUAGAUGCUGAACAGUGAAAUCCAAACUAAACUUCGGACAUAUGACCUUCCCCCAGAUUAUAUUAUAUUUUAAUAACUACAGUCUGCGUGAGCUGGGUAAAACCACUAUUUGUGCUCUGCCAAUCUAGACCUUUUCCAUUUUUCAGUUUCUGUAUCCGGACUACUGAAAAACUGACAGAUUUUUCUGUAAAAUGUAUGUAAAAAGCUAGCUGGAUCCUGUUUAAAUAUAGUCAGGUUUCCAACUCGUGAGUGGGAUGGAUUUGUUGCCAUCUAAAGGUGAAGGUGCUGAAGUACAAAUCCAUUCCUCUCGAAGGUACUUUGCAAUCAGUGAAACUGCAGAAACAGAAGAUCAGAAAUAAAAACAGAAAAUAUUGGAACUCUCAGCAUCCCUGAAAAGACCUGAAAUAAUAAUUCUGUUCUUGUUCCACAGAUGCUGCCAGACUUAUUGAAUAUUUCCAGAAUUUUCAGUUCUUAUUUGUGGCAGUAAUACACAGAUUAACAUAAUAAACACAAGGUGUUUUAGCAGUGAAUAGUCCAUUUCCUGCAGCUAAAUUUGCAUAACUAAAGUUUUAAAUCUUCAGUGUGAGCAGCAUUCCCCUUCAAACUUUGGUUGACUAUCUAUUGAAAAUUUUUGGUCCAGUUUCUUUGGUUUGUUAUAUCAUUCUGUCUCUGGUUUCUCUGGCCUCUCACUUACAGUAAAAGCACACAUCUGUGAGAUUUUGUCUUCAGUCUUGAGACCUUUUAAAAUUGCCUGGUGAUGACAAAAGAUGCCCUUCCUGGUAAAGUUUACAUUAUUUUAUAUUUUUCUUGUGUGCAUGAGGCCAUACAAUUGAUUCUAUGCUGACUCACAGAAUUUCAUUACUGUACUAAUUUUCCUGAUUUGUAUUCUUCUCUUCUCUCCUUUGCCCUCCCCAUCUCUAACUUCCUCCACUCACUUACACACCAGAGUUGGGACUAUAGUGGCCAUUUAAAGUACCAACCUGCACACUUUGCAAUAUGGAAGGAAGCCAGAGCAUUUUGGGGAAGGAGUGUGAACUCCAUACAGACAACACCAGAGGCCAGGAUUAUACCUGAGUCCCUGCAGUUGUAAGGUAGUAUGUGGCAUCCCUUUACAGGCUCUUUGACUUUAAGGCUAUUUUCCUCUAACUUGCAAAUAUACACAUCUUUCCCUGGUGGCACAUGAGAAUAAAUCAGUUCAUGUCUGCUUAUGACAAAGCUGACUACUUAAUAGUAUUUGGUUUUUUGAAAUGAAAGAACCAUUUUCCAUUGACACAAUUGGGUAAAAUCUUUGCUUAUGAAGUCAGGUGAGAUCUUCAGUCUGUGCUGCUUUCAUUUGGCUUGAUGACAGCUGAAGAGAGAAUCACUGACUUGAAUAAGGAGGGAAAUUGGUUAGGAAGGAUUAGGGGCAAUUUACAGUGGGAAACUAUAGGUUUGAGGGAUGUGGGAUGAAAUCCAGAUGGCUACUGGCAAAGCAUGCACACUUCACACAAACAGCAUCAAAGUUUGGGAUCAAGCCUGGAUCAUAAAGGUAGCAGUUCCAUUAGCUGUGCUACCAAGAUGCUAAUAGCAUUGAUUGGGGCUCUGGCAGUUUGGAUAUUGUUUCAGACCAGUAGUUGUUGACAAUGUUGACCAUUGCUGCAUGAAGCCUUAUGGCACGUGGUUACCAUGCUUGUCCAUCAUUUGUGUUAGCACUCUAAUUAUGUGAAAGAGUGUGUUCCUACCUGCAUGGGUAUACUCAUUUUAAAUUUUCAGUGAGUUCAAAGCAUAAUUGAAGAAUUUUCCAUGAAUCCUUUAAGCUACUUUCAAUAGAACCCAUGCAGUUGAUUUGCUGGGUUUAUUUAAUGAAAGCUGUUCUGUGUGGCUGUAAUAUUUUUCAUUCUCUGCUUUUGCAAAUUUAUUGAUGUUUGUGCAUCAGUUUGAGUCUAAACCCCAUUGAUAGAAAGCCUUGUGUCUAUUCCUUCUGGUUUUGUUACAUUCCUGUUUGUAUCUAUAUGUCAGGAGCUACAAUAGUACUCAAUCCACUUUUACUUUCUAGUUUGUCAUUGUGAGCCAUGUUUGUAUAACUUUACAGAGCAGUUGCAAUUUUGGAUGAGCUUGCUGUGGGUAGAUGAGAAUCACAAGCAGAAUUGCGUAAGUGUAGCUUGUUCAUUGUUUUACUAGUGGGCUGAUACUUUUCUGAAGUCUUUCUUACGGACCCAGGCUGCAUUUGCCAUAUGUGAGUACGGUACUUGUUUUGCCCCAAGUUACUGACCUGAGGUAUGAAAGGCAAUGAUUGGUUACUAUGAGAUUCCUCCUGCAGGCUACUCAUUUUAAUGUAGCUCUUUAAAUGCAGGGAAGUGAAAGGUUUUGUUUCUGAUACGGAACAUUUAGUUCUGAGUGCAGUUACUCAAUCAUGGAAUACCUUAGGCCAUCUGGUUCUUUAUCUAAGACCGGUCAAAGAACAACAGGUGGCUGGGCUCAUCUCUUGUAUGUGGUUUCAGAAGCUGGGGUUACUCAGUGUAAAGCAAUCUGAGCAAAUUCUGUUUUUAUCACUUCCCUGGCUAUUGAAUGUAAUUGAAACACUUUCACUGCACUGGGAGGAGUUGGGGAAUGAAUUUGCCUGGGGUUGAGCAAUGGUGUUGGCUAAGUAUUUAUAUUGUUUACUUUUAAUUCCUGAAAAGUUAGCUAAGUAGGGAACAAGGCCAACUCAAAAGAAUGUUCCUGAUAGGAGUUAAAGAGAAGGUUGCUGUGUCAGCAAGAUUGAUUUAAGUUUGGCACCUUUUGCACUCAGCUUGCUAGUUCUCUGUUUGGGGCUCAAGUGCAGCUAAUGGACAUGUGCUAGGUAAAUUAUUGCACUGUAUGAAGCUCUCUUGACAUGAGUCUUAACAGAUACAAGAGAUGCUGGGGCAGAAUAAUACAAGGAUGAUGUGAACCAACAGUACAGCUAAGAACUUUAUUGUCCAGCAAUUAACUCUGGAUCUAGAUAGUUGUUCUGUGUAAAAUGUGCUCAGUUCUGACACUCUAAAGACACCAGUUAAUGAACCCUUUCACUGGCAGGACCCACCUUUAUGCUAUUGUUCUAUUAAUGUGUAUUGUUGGCAGUCUACUCAGAUAGAUUUAACAAUGGCAUUAUCUGUAUUUCAACCUGAAUUGAGUCCUCCAUAUGAAGCUAUUUUAUUUAUCAGUUGUAUCUAUUCAUUUGUGCCAUUUAGAUUUCAGACUUGUAUAGCACACCUGGGUUUUCCUAUAUUGACAGUAUUUCUAGUGUGCAUUGAGAUAUUUGAAGUAUUAGUGCAUGUUGUGUAUGUGAGGGGCAAAGCAGAUUUUUGUUGGAGGGGAUGGUUAGUGAAGGCUGCCACCAUUUCCUCACCCAGAGGUUGGUGGGGGCAUUUGUUUUUAGGAGGUUGUAUGCAUACUUGGCUUCAAGCAGGUGAACUGCUCUUGCUGUCUCUCCUUGAGAAAUGGGCAUCAGCAGUCUUAUCGACAGCACUCAAUCAGGCAGCCUGGGCUCUCCCACUUACCUAUACUAUUUCUAAAUUAAAGCCUUCCUCGUGUCACUGUUAUUAUUGUACUGUUACAACCUAUACAUCGCCUCUAGUCCACACCUUUCCUCCUGUUUCGAUUUUCAAAAAGUUAGGUGUUAAUGUAACUCAAGGCCCCUCCAUUUUAAUGUGUUGCAGCUGGUUGAGCUUAGCUGCUGCCUGUUUUUUAGUUGAUUCAGAUGUGUACAUCAGACAGGCAGGAAUCUUUAUGUGUGGGUGUGUUUUAUUUUAAAUUCUUCGUGUUUUAAUCUCAAUAAACAAUAUGCCCUUGAUGCAAGCUGGACAUGUUUGUAUGGAAUUGCUUUCUGCCAUUUGAGGAUAUGAAUUUUGAUCCAACACUCGCAGCUGAUUCCCUAGGUCGAAUUUUAAGGCCAUUGUGUUUAUAGCUGGAUAUACAAUCCAUCUUGCAAUGAAGGUUCAUCUUUAAUUUAAAAUAUCUUCAAAUUUCUGUAUGUCCACUUCUGUAUGCUGUAAAUGGCACUUCUAGUAUUUAUUGUUUUUUUGUGCAGUUUCCAUUAAUUAUUGAAUGCAUAGCUGAGUGCUUUCUUAGAACUGUAGAAUGUUUGUUUAUAAUGGAAUAUAUAUAAGAUGUUAACUUUUUCUUAAUAAAAAUAUUGAAGUGUG